GAGGAGGGGAGGCGCCGGAUCCAAUGAGGGGCGGCAGCCCGGGGCACCGCGCCGCCGGCUCGCCCCAGCCCCGGCCCCCCGCCAGCCCCGCUCCGCCCCCCGGCCCCUCCGCCCCAGCCUGGCCGGCGGCGCUCUCCCCCGAGCAACUUUCCUGCCCGCCCGGUGACCGCCCCGCGGGCCGGGGGCAGGCGGCGCGGCAGGGGCAGCGGCAGGGCCGGGCAUGCCGGCGGCGGCGGGCGACGGGCUCCUGAGCGAGCCGCCGGCGGUGGCGGGCGGCGGCGGCGGGGAGGCGCGGAAGGCGGCGGCGGGCGCGGAGGGCAGUUUCCUGGCCGCCUGGCUGAGCGCGGCGGCGGCGGCGCCGCGGGAGCGGCUCCGCGACUUCCAGCACACCAAGCGGGUCGGCAACUACCUGAUCGGCAGGAAGCUGGGAGAGGGGUCCUUCGCCAAGGUCCGGGAGGGGCUGCAUGUGCUCACCGGAGAGAAGGUGGCAGUGAAAGUAAUUGACAAGAAAAGAGCCAAAAAGGACACCUAUGUCACUAAGAAUCUGCGACGGGAAGGGCAGAUCCAGCAAAUGAUCCGCCACCCAAAUAUUGCUCAGCUGCUGGAUAUACUGGAAACUGAAAACAGCUACUACCUUGUCAUGGAGCUGUGCCCUGGUGGCAACUUGAUGCACAAGAUCUAUGAGAAAAAAAGACUUGAGGAGCAUGAAGCACGCAAAUACAUCCGGCAGCUUAUCCUGGCAGUUGAACAUCUUCACCGGGCAGGAGUAGUUCACAGAGACUUGAAGAUAGAAAAUCUGUUGCUAGAUGAAGACAACAAUAUCAAGCUUAUCGACUUUGGAUUGAGCAACUGUGCAGGCAUCUUGGGUUAUUCUGAUCCAUUCAGCACCCAGUGUGGGAGCCCAGCAUAUGCAGCCCCUGAACUUCUGGCAAGGAAAAAAUAUGGGCCCAAAAUAGACGUUUGGUCCAUUGGGGUGAACAUGUACGCAAUGUUGACUGGAACAUUACCUUUUACUGUGGAGCCGUUCAGCUUGAGAGCUUUAUACCAGAAAAUGGUGGACAAAGAAAUGAACCCUUUUCCCACCCAGCUCUCUACAGCGGCCAUAAACUUUCUACGAUCUCUACUAGAGCCAGAUCCUGCAAAGAGACCAAACAUCCAGCAGGCACUUGCAAAUCGAUGGCUUAAUGAGAAUUACCCUGGAAGAGCACCACCUAAUGUCACAUAUCCAAACAGGAUUCACCUUGAGGACCUUAGCCAAAGCGUGCUGCUCCAUAUGACCGAGAAGCUCGGCUACAAGAACAGCGAUGUCAUCAACACUGUGCUCUCAAACAGGGCAAGUCACACACUUGCCAUCUAUUUUCUACUUAAUAAGAAGCUGGAGCGCUACUUGGCAAGCCUUAGGAAGUCUGAAGGCCAGGACAAUAUUUGCCACAAGAACCAACUAUACCAGAUAGAAAAAUACAAGGCAAAUAAAGACUCCUGUGAGGACAAAAAACUCAAAGAACAAGAAAAGAAAGGGGAGAUUCUUCACCGUCAGCUCCCAAAGAAAACUGAGAAAAGUCCAGUUUCAUAUAGACAGCCUUCUUCCUGUCUUAUCUCACAGAUACAGAACACCAAGGCUCUGCUGAAGGACCGGAAAGUCACCAAGGCUGGAGGUCCGGAGAAAGACUCCAGCAGUGUGGUAAGCCCCUUCCACGAACCCCUGGCAACCAAGACGGGCUGCGUCACUUCCAGCUCCCUGGAGUACCUCGAAGUCCAGCAGCCGCCCCCCAGAACCCCUCGGCUCCUCAAGAGGCAGGAGUCUCCGCAGCAGGAGCCGGCCCGAAUCGGGGGCCGGGCAAAGGACUCUCCUCUCAUCCUGAAUAUUGUGCACUCCUUUGAGUCGGUUGACAGAGAGGACCAAAUAGACCAGGUUUCCCCCUCUCAUCAGUACAGGAUUUUAGGCUCACCAAUGAAUUUCCCUUACAAAAGCUCAAGUGAAAGGACACUGUCUCCGCUUUUUCAGCCAGGGAGUACGUCCCCCGUCCACCCCACCCAAGUCUCUUUCACAUAUGAAGAAAAAGCAUAUCCGGCAAAGGAAGACGCAGUGUCCCCUACUCAGCUGGUUUCCAACAACCCCUUGGGUAGCCCCAACUGUGUUAAAAGCAGAGGCAGAUUCCCCAUGAUGGGGAUCGGACAGAUGCUGCGGAAGAGGAACCAGACAAUGCAGUCAGCGAGCGACAAGCCGCUGGAAGCGAGGAUGCCUCAGCUGCAGCAGAUGAGCCCCACGCAGAUUUCCUUCAAUGCAGCAGAUGCUGUCAGCGGCCAGUGUUAGUCUGACAUCCUGGGAUUUGCACUGCUGUUCUCUGGGACCUAACCUUUUUUACUUUUAACAAGAAGGGAAAGCCACAGGCAUGUUGCUGUCACUACGUAAUACACCACAGUGAUCCAACAUAGAACAUCAGAGGUCUGCUUCUAAGGAAGGCAUUGUCCUACAUAUUGAAGCUGAAAGAAAAGGGCUCUGCUUGUGCUGUUAAAUAUUAACAUUUGGCAUCUAACUGUACAGUAAAACAUGUCUCGAAAGAGCUACGUGAAUAUGUAUUUUCACUACUCUCAUCUAGUACUGUAGUAAGGUUGAUUGGAAGAACAGCAAACAUUAACGGUUUGAUUCAUCAAGGUAACCUGCGUGGUGCCAUGAAUGCUGGUCCCAUCCAGGAUCUGUGGUAAGACUGUCCACGCUCCAUCUGCCUGUGCCACACAGUACAUGGUACUGCUACAGGCAUUGUUCACAUGGCUAGACAAGUGGAAAAACUCAAGGUACUAUGUCCAAGUCAACUUGCUAACAAGCACUGCCAAGAAGAUGAAGUUGGUAGAAGCUUGAAUAAAGACACAAGUGAUCUAAACACUCAGAAAAAGUGGGAGUAUUGGAAGUCAAAGCAGAUUUUACUGUUAAUUACAUAAAGUAGCUAAUAGCGGAAUCAUCUUUUUCCUAGAGAAAAUGAUGAUUUAAGGAUGUCACUCAGAAGAAACAUGACUAUUUAAAAACAAAUUUCAUCAUGUGGAAAUUCACCACACUAGACGCCUGUUCUUUUCAUAUGGUAGGUCUGCAAGUGGAUGCUUCAACAGCAAUCCAGAUUGCAACAUGCUGUGUUUAAAAAAUCCAGUCACCUCUGAUUUUUGCAGCCAUACUAGUUCCAUGGCACACCUAUGUGCAGGACUGUUAGUCCCUGUUACAGCAAGGCAGCAUUGGACACACCUGAAGGCUUUUCUGAGAGACUGCAGUGAACUAAAAAGACUAAUAAAGGACACAUGAACCUGUACCAAUGCCGUUUUAUACUGCAAGAUUGGUAAUGCAGUGGUUACCAAAAAUUCGGUAUUGUUAUGAGCAAUGAAGAUUAACUUUCUUAAAAGGCACCAUGUUCUGCAUACCGGUCUUGUUUUUCUAAGUAAAUGAUACAUCUGAGAGGUUGGCAACAUUUUUUUGGUUCUGUUUUUGUCUUCAAACCAUUUCCUAUAAAUCAGAAGGUUUAGCCAAAGACUACUCUUUUCUUUCGUCUGUACCGCGCUUGUGUAUAUGUUUGUGUGUACAGGAUUUCUCAACAAAGCUUGUUCCAGUCUGGUUCCCAAGCAGGCAGCCCUGGCCCGCAUAAGCCCCACUGCUGCCCACCCACUUAAUGUCAUUUCAAAACCCAGGCAACAGAGGCAUCGUCAUCUUCUUGGAGUUGUUGUUGGAAGAUAGGGAUUUUGCAUCGAGACCAUUGGUAGGAAUCUAAGCCCUGUUUUCAUCAAUAUUUUUGCAAACAAUUUUGUGGCCCCGUUGGUUUCGUGUCUGUGCAAAUGCUGAGAGUUACCCCUGUUUGAGAAGCUUUCCUUCCAGUUGCAUGAGAGAGAUACACAGGGACAGGGGGAGGAGGGCCAUCAGAGGCAGGGGAGAAGGUCCCCAGCAGAGCCCAUAGCUGAGUGCAUGCUCCAGAUUCUCAGCAUAGCUCAGGCCUUACACCAAAAUCUGGAAUAAAAAAAUUGGACAUUAAUCCAAAUACUGACAGAACAGGUGACUGGACUGUUCAAUAUUGGAAUGCUCGCUGGCAAAACGAGCAGAGCGUGAAUGCCCAGAGCACCCUUCUCAUCCCUGCAGAUGGGACCUUCACCUUGGCACUGAAGCUGCCCAUCAGUUCGGUACGGGGGAGUCCAUAUGCAUCUUGUACUCUUCAGUGUAGUGAGGACACCCGCCUCUGGGGUAGUUAAGCUACCUGCAAAAUAAUAUACGUAAAAAUCCCAGUAUGAUAAGAAAGACAGCCCUGAAAUAAUGUUACUCAUUUUCAGAUUGAAAAAUGUCAUCUUUUGUUUGUACAGAGCACCUGUGCAUCCCAGGGGUCCAGUUUAGCUCUUCCUUUUGUUUAAAAACAUCAAAGCAUUUUCUUUUUCUUCAUGCUAAGAAGAUGUUUGUGCUGCAAAGCUAGUGAGCAGGGACCACUGAAAUCCCAUCUUUUGUGUGCGUCGGACUUGCGUACCUGAACAGAUGGCAGAUACUGACUUGAAUUACAAACUCAGGUUUAUUUGGAACCCAGUAAAAGGUUGGGGGAGGCAGGAGAGAGACAUGUAUUUUUUGUGAAAACCCAGUAAAUAUGUGUAAGAAUCAGAAUGAAAACAGAAAUGUUAAAUCUUUUAUUAUAUUUAUAGAGAAUAUUUGAGUAUUACACUGCUAAAACAUAACCAUAUGUAUCCAGCUUAGACAGUAGCUAUGUACAGUCAAACUGCAGUGACCAUAGAAGGGACUUACUGAAAUACAGUAGUGGAAAUUCCAGGGGAAAAAAAUUGUAUUUGUUAUCAUUAUUAAAUAUAUGUACUUUUUGAACAAGA